AUGGUCGAAAUUGCUUUGAACACGAAUAUCAACGACCUCAAAGCCAAGAUCAAGGAGGCGCUACCUAUUGCUCUUUUGGCUAUAGACCUUAAACUCUUCAAGGUUUCACUCACACCCGAGGAGUUGAAUCCCACCUUAGAUCCCCACAAUAUUGAGGGCGCUGUCAGGCUCUUGCAGCUGCUAGUCAAGGUCUCAGAUGUCUUUGAUGAUUUGGACACUGGAAAAGUCCAUGUCAUUGUGCUACCACCAUCAAGUAGUCUUUCUCCUGCUACCAGUGCCAGAGAAGAUGCACUCAACUCAGACAAUAUCAAUCAAUACAAUGCAAUCUUCAUCAAUGUAGCAGCAUGGGGCACCAACAAACACCACUUCACUGACAUUGACAUUUUUCUGAAUGCCAUUGAGGAAGACCAAGGCCCAGAAUCAAGUCCAACUUUUGUCAAAGACUAUCCUGCUAAGUUGGAUAAAAAAGCUGGUCUAUCUCCUGAGGCUUGUAAGCGCUUCAAUGCUAUGGAUCCCAAGUGUUGA